UGAGUUGUGGCUAACAGCAACUGUUUCAAGUGUAUUAUUGCUCUUUCUGUUAUUAAAAAAAUGACAGAUUACAUCAGCGACUGCGUGCAUCCUUCUUUCCGUAUUGAAGGGCAUUACAGUAUUUACUUUGAAAACACCAAACGCGACCCGGAAGUAGACAAUUCUGUCAGGACGUUUCGCUUUUCCGCGGGGUUUGUGAUAAGGAAACGUUCAUACUGCUAAAACAGAUGUCACUCGUUCACAUUGCAUCUUUGUUGUGUUGAUGUAGCGUCAGCGAGCUGCGCUAACGUGCUGCCCAGCGUUCAUUCACUUGAGUGUUUGAAGUGUAUCUCGGAGCGUCGUCUACAUGUAUCAAAGUCUGAGCGCCGUGCACAGCACGGUAUCCAGCUUGAAGGCGUGUCAGGCAGACCUCGCCACGGGAAUGGACAUCGUCACAUCCGUGGCCUUGAACCUGAUAGACGACCAGGGUGGAGAAGAGAACUCUGGAAUCAGCAAGAUGGAGGCCUUGAUGUUGGAAUGUGCCAAGCUGGACAGAGAAAUUGAGUGCUUUGUUGAUACUGUGCAACAAGCUACAGCAGAGGUGACGGCACAGCAACAAGAGGCCUUGUUUACGAUCUCCUCCAGAGUGAAGGAGAACUUCACAGAAAAAAUUGCCCAACUAUCUGACGCAGAUCUGCAGACUCACCAGAAAAUAGUUGCGUUUAUUGAAAGCAUCAACCGCUCUCACAAACAAGCCAGUCAAGAAUCAAGGAACAUCGAGGAGCUUGACGAAGACCUUGCUGUGACGCAGACCCAAGUCAACUUCACCUGCCCUCUCACCCAGGAGGACAUGGUCAACCCAGUAAAGAAUAAGAAGUGUAACCAUCACUAUGACGAAAAACCCAUCAGAAUCCUCAUUGAAACGAGACGGAAACAGAACAAGAAGUGUCGCUGCCCUGUGGUGGGUUGUGGAAACAAAGAUGUGAAAGAGUCAGACCUGGUUCCCGACCGCAUUCUGAAGAGAAAGAGCAAAAGCACAUAGACUGCAUGCUUUUAUUGUGAACGUUCAUGACAAAGCUGAUGUUUUAUUCAUUGUUUAUUUUCCAAAUUGUUCGAAGAAUUUUCAUAGCUUUCACUAAAAAUGAACCCAUGAUGUUGAGCAAUGCUUACUUGUGAUAGGCUUUGUAUUUCUGCAAUACCUUUAAGUCUUAUUAAAUUGGACUAAAAGGAUAUUAAAGUUAUAUAAGAAUAUAUUGUGCAUUCAUAAUUGGGGGCGGGGGUCGUCUCAGUGUUGGCCAAACUAGCCACUAGAGGGAGACAUCUGCGUUACGACAGAUCCGUGACUCCUAAAUGGAGAAUGACACAUUUAGAUUAGUAAACUGCGUCUGGCCUCCAGUGGUACAUUUUAAGACCGCUCAGUGCUUUCUCAUGGAAUUCGUGAUCGCCAAAGACAGAAAUAAGGCUAAUAGGACACACAGAACAUCAUUAAUAACAGUAGAGUGGUGAUGCUUCAUUCUGGCAGUGACCCAAUUUGUUGAGGAAUUUCUUAACUGAUAUCUUAUUUGAAUGUAUGAAGCCUGUUAAAGUAAUUCUUAAGACUGUAUGUUUACCCACUAAAAUAUGCAUUUGAAGUGUCACUCAGUGUCAUGAGCCCAGAAGUCGUAGUUUUACAUGUUAACAAGGUGAAACGUUUGCAAUUGAUGUAGUCUCGUCAUUCCGAGCCGAUUAAGGGUCCACAUGGAAACAAAGAUUGUGCUGAGAUACAACAAGGUUAAGAUAAGCUUUUAAUAACCAUGCAUUAGGCAUUUCUAAGGGUCUUUAGUUGGUUCUCCUUAAAAGGAGUGCUUUACGCAGCACUUUGACUAUUCCACCAAUUAUGGUCUUAGUUGGUGUUGACUCACUUCUGCUGUGAAUGAACAUUGCCCGAAUUGGAACUUGUCUGCACAACUUAUGUCACAUGAAGUUCUGCAGCAACCAUUUCAUUUCUGGAUUUGGAGGUGCACCGGCACAGACAUUUGCACUUUGUUUCAGAGCUGUAAAUACAGUGUGGAUAAUCAAAUAAUUCUAUAUCUUUGGCAGAAAUUUUGUACUCUGCUUGCAAGAUUGUGGGAAUGCUUUGUGGGAGGCCAUGUUGUGUUCUCUGUGUUGUUGGUAUGACUGUGCCUCAGUGUAAAGGUCAAAUGCAAGGUUUUAGAUAAGACUGAACAAAGUUGGCUCUGUUUGGCUUCCUUUGAGCAGCUAGUUGGCUUUUUUGAAAAUUUAAAGAAUCUGAUUGUAACAUCUGAUAUCAUCAGAGAGGAGCACACGGUGUUCUGACUAUUGAAGAUAAAUUGCCGAGUACAUACUCAAGGUUGACUAUUUUCCUAAUACUUA